GGCGGAGCGGCGGGGGCUGCGGGAGGCGGGGGCGGGCGGGGGCCGCCCGCAGCAUGGCGGGGCCCGGGCCGAGGACGGCGAUCUGCCUGCUGCGCCACGACCUGCGCUACCACGACAGCGAGGUACUACACUGGGCUCAGAAUAACGCAGACUAUAUCAUUCCUCUCUACUGCUUUGAUCCAAGACAGUACCUAAGAACCUAUUACUAUGGUUUCCCAAAGACUGGGCCUCAUCGACUCAAAUUUUUACUGGAAAGCGUGAAGGAUCUAAGGCAAACACUCAAGAAAAAAGGAAGUAAUUUGGUGGUAAGGAAAGGGAAUCCGGAAGAUGUGGUUCAUGAUCUUAUUACGCAGCUGGGCACUGUGGCUGCCGUGGCUUUCCAUGAAGAGGCGACGAAAGAGGAGCUGGACGUGGAGAAGGCGCUGCAGCGGGUGUGCGCUCAGCACGGGGUGAAGAUCCAGACCUUCUGGGCAUCCACUCUCUAUCACCGGGAUGACCUGCCGUUCAGCCACAUUUCCAGGUUGCCUGAUGUCUAUACCCAGUUCCGAAAAGCAGUGGAGGCUCAGGCCAAAGUCCGUCCCACUGUGCAGAUGGCAGAUCAGCUAAAGCCUCUGGCCCCAGGGGUAGAAGACGGAUGCAUCCCCGUGCCUGAGGAGUUUGGACAGAAGGAUCCCCUGAUGGAUCCGCGAACAGCCUUCCCCUGCAGCGGAGGAGAGACCCAGGCCUUAAUGAGGCUGCAGCAUUAUUUCUGGGAUACGAACCUAGUGGCAUCUUACAAGGAGACUCGAAAUGGACUGAUAGGAAUAGAUUAUUCAACCAAGUUUGCACCAUGGCUGGCGUUAGGCUGUAUUUCACCCCGAUAUAUUUAUGAGCAGAUCCGGAAGUAUGAAAAAGAGAGAACUGCAAAUCAGAGCACAUACUGGGUCAUAUUCGAACUCCUGUGGAGGGAUUACUUCCGAUUUGUCGCCCUGAAGUACGGGACAAGGAUUUUCUUAUUGAAAGGACUGCAGGAUAAAGAGGUGCCUUGGAAGAAAGAUCCGAAGCUAUUGGACGCUUGGAAAGAAGGAAGAACGGGGGUUCCUUUUGUAGAUGCCAACAUGAGAGAGCUAGCAGCGACGGGCUUCAUGUCCAACAGAGGGCGCCAGAACGUUGCCAGCUUUCUCACCAAGGACCUGGGGUUGGACUGGAGGAUGGGGGCAGAGUGGUUUGAGUACCUGCUGAGCGGGAAGCUCCGAUGCAGAGAGGAUGAGUUACUCACCCAAGGCCUCACGGUGGACUAUGAUGUCUGCAGCAAUUAUGGAAACUGGUUAUAUAGCGCUGGAAUUGGAAACGAUCCAAGAGAAAACAGGAAGUUUAACAUGAUUAAACAAGGCCUGGAUUAUGACAGCAACGGAGAUUAUGUCCGACUGUGGGUUCCGGAAAUACAGUGUGUAAAGGGAGGGGAGAUACACACACUCUGGGCACUGAGCAAUGCAGCUCUCUCACAAGCUGGGAUAGCUUUAGGGGAGACCUAUCCACUGCCAGUCGUCCUGGCCCAGGAAUGGAGCAGACAUAUCAAGCAGAAGCCUAACAAGAGAGACCACCCUCCGAGGGGAAGGAAAGAUCCCUCCGACACGCCAAGACAACACAAGGACAGAGGGGUGGACUUUUACUUCUCUCGCAACAAAGAUUUAUCGUGAAGGCAGUCCCUGCACUUCUGGAGAAGUGACUCUGCCUGCCGAGAACUCCAGCUGACAAUGGUUACUAUUCAUGGCCAACUUCUCUCUCCCGUUACUAUCUAAGCAAACCAAGGGUGACAUCCUAGACACAUUGAAGUCAAUGGAGUUUUGCCAUUGACUUCAACUGGAUCAAGAUUUUGACUUCUGAUCUUUCGGAAAUUGUUUUCUUAAUGAGCCAGCUGAUUGGGAUUCAGAAGGGAGCUGAAGUUCUUGGUCCUUUGUACUUUUAAGAAUCCCAUGACACCUUUAACAAGAAUAGAGGUGUUAACCUUGUAUUCUGGCCAAAUUCGAGUGGGUGGAAAUUACACCAGCAAAAUGCCCCUCAAAAAUCAACUGGAUGUACUAAGGCCAGAUUCUCAGAUGGUGUAAAUCAGCAUAAUUCUAUUGAAUCAGUUAAGAUACACUGAUUUACACCUGUUGAUAAUCUGACUUGGUAUUCUUCACUUCCUGCUUUAAACUGUUGCUGUGAGCUGUUAAACAGCUAAUGUGUUCCAUCCCAGAGAUGGGUGAUGAGUGACUUUGUAAAGUGCUUUUGGUUGAAAGGGGCUUCAUAACUAACUAAUUAUUAACUGUAACGAUAGGAUCAUCUUGUUACUGUCAAGUGGUCAGACUGCUUUUCCAGUGCCUUUGCUUUGUACUGGGGCUUAUAGCUGUAGCCAGAUUUCUACCUUGUAUUACAGACUGGAGAAGGUGUUAACUUUUUUAUAUAUUGGAAAUGUAUAUACUGAAUUUCCUUAUGCUAACAUGCUCUAGGGUGUAAAACUUAAAAACAUUGUUCCAUAGGACCACUUAAACCUUUGCAUUGGAAUGUUUUUACUUUCCUGAUUUCCUCUCUUCUGAUAGAGAUCAGAAGGCAGAAUGACUGAUCUGAGAUGCCAGAAGCAUAGACUAUCAGGGUUGGAAGGGACCUCAGGAGGUCAUCUAGUCCAAUCCCCUGCUCAAAGCAGGGCCAACCCCAAAUAAAUCAUCCCAGCCAGGGUUUUGUUAAGCCUGGCCUUAAAAAUUUCAAAGGAAGUAGAUUCCAGCACCUCCCUAGGUAGCGCAUUCCAGUGCUUCACCAUCCUCCUAGUGAAAAAGUUUUUCCUAAUAUCCAACCGAGACUCCCCCUCUGCAACUUGAGACCAUUACUCCUCUUUCUGUCAUUACUUUCUCUGUCACUGAGAACAAUCUGGAUCCAUCCUCUUUGGAACCCCCUUUCAGGUAGUGGAAAGCAGCAAUCAAAUCCCCCCUCAUUCUUCUCUUCCGCAGACUAAACAAUCCCAGUUCCUUCAGCCUCUCCUCAUAAGUCAUGUGUUCCAGUCCCUUAAUCAUUUUUGUUGUCCUCCGCUGGACGUUUUCCAGUUUUUUCACAUCCUUCUUGUAGUGUGGGGCCCAAAACUGGACACAGUACUCCAGAUGAGGCCUCACCAAUGUCGAAUAGAGGGGAACGAUCACGUCCCUUGAUCCUGUUCUCUUUGACCGUAUCCUCCAUAGUGCUUUAGGUUCACCUUGGAAUCUGAUGUGGGGUCACUAUGGUAGUUCUGUUUGCCUGUGGCAUCAACCUGAAAAUUUGAGGCCAUAUACCGCACGCAGAGCGGUUUCAAAACAUUGCUCUAUGCUCAGUAACGGCAACCAGUUCUAUUCUGGGUCCAUUUAAAACUUCAAGUUCUUGUCCAAAAAGUCUUAAAUGGUUUGACUUGGUUACUUUAGAACAGUGGCUCUCAACUUUUUCAGACUACUGUACCCCUUUCAGGAGUCUGAUUUGUCUUGCGUACCCCGGUUUCACCUCACUUAAAAACUACUUGCUAACAAAAUCAGACAAAAAUACAAAAUUGUUACAGCACAUUAUCACUGAACAAUUGCUGACUUUGUCAUUUUUACCAUAUAAUUAUAAAAUAAAUCAAUUAGAAUAUAAA